AUAUUGAGCAUUCAAAAGGGCAUCAUAUAGAACUCAUUCUCUCCAAGGCUCUUAAAGACUUGUACCUCAAUUGUUUCUCUCCUAAGUCUCUUAAAGCCCCUUUCUCCUCAUCUCUGUUUAGUUUAUACCUUGAUUUUAAUAGAUUUCUCAUGGAAAAAACAAAUGCAGCCCUCGAACCUCCAACUUAUGGAAACCUAAUCACUGUUCUUAGCAUCGAUGGGGGUGGAAUAAGAGGACUUAUCCCAGGAACCAUCCUUGCUUUCCUUGAGUCUGAACUUCAGAAGCUUGAUGGUGAGGAUGCAAGAAUCGCGGAUUAUUUUGAUGUGAUUGCAGGGACAAGCACAGGCGGUCUUGUGACUGCCAUGCUGACUGCUCCAAAUGAAAAAAACCGACCCCUAUUUGCGGCCAAAGAUAUCAAGGACUUCUACUUAGAUGAGUGUCCCAAAAUCUUUCCCCAACCUAGUAUUCCAUUAUUUACAAACGCUAGGAAGGUGAUCAAAGCUCUGGCAGGACCAAAAUACGAUGGAAAGCAUCUUCAUAGAAUUAUUAAGGAAAAACUAGGAAAUACAAGACUUCACCAGACAUUGACAAAUGUUGUGAUCCCUACUUUUGACAUCAAGCAACUCCAGCCGACCAUCUUUUCCAGCUAUCAGGUGAAACAGAAUCAAAGCUUAGAUGCAUUAUUGUCAGACAUAUGCAUAGCAACCUCAGCAGCACCAACUUAUCUUCCAGCACACUAUUUCGAAACCAAGGACUCGGCAGGGAAAGUGAGAGACUUCAACCUGAUUGACGGUGGAGUUGCCGCAAAUAACCCGACAUUAGUUGCUAUUGGUGAAGUAACAAAGGUAAUUACUAGGGGAAGUCCCGACUUCUUGCCUAUAAAGCCAAUGGACUAUGAACGGUUUCUAGUUAUAUCCCUAGGAACUGGCUCGGCAAAAAAAGAAGGAAAAUACAGUGCCGAAGAAGCAGCAAAGUGGGGAGUAUUGGGUUGGUUAACAAGUGGUGGUUCCACUCCAUUAGUUGAUGUGUUUACUCAAGCAAGUGCAGAUAUGGUAGAUUUACACAUUUCUGUGGUUUUCCAAGCUCUUCACUCGGAAAAGAACUAUCUUCGGAUUCAGGAUGAUAAAUUAAACGGCGUCGUAUCUUCGGUUGAUAUAGCUACAAAGAAUAACUUGGAAGACCUUGUGAAAGUUGGGGAAAAUUUGUUAAAGAAACCAGUUUCAAGGGUGAAUGUGGAAUCGGGCAUCUUUCAACCCUUUAAUAAUGGUGAAACCAAUGAGGAGGCUCUCAUAAGGUUUGCGAAACUACUUUCGGACGAGAAGCGGCUUCGCCAGGCUAGGUCACCGUCACCCAAUGGACGGGCUACAAAUUCUAACUAGUUAAUGAUUAUAUAAGAUUAGUAAUAGAUUUAUUGGUGUUGCAAAUAAGGAUGCUGAUGCACCUUUACAGUUAAUUACUGUUAUUCAAUUAAGCUGUUUGAAUAAAUCCCAGAUUAAUGUGGGAUAUCUUGUAAGGUCUUGAAUAACAAGGGGUGGAGCACUGCAAAACUGUAUACAUAUCCCCCCCGUUUGAUUCUUCAUUAAUUAGUCACUGUAUUUUGAAAAAUCUCAGAUAGAUUAAUAAUAAGCAUCUCUAUUUUUUAUUUCA